AUGAGUAUAAAUAGUAUCAUUGAUAAAAUGAUAUAUCAAGAAUUACAACAAAUAAUAGAAGAAAGCUUUAAAAGUAUUAAAGCUACAGUAAUAGUAGCAACAGGAGCAAUAGCAGUCGGAAAAACAACUGCACUAUUAGAAAUAAAAGACUUCUUUGAGAAGCAAGAAAUCCAAGUAUUCCAACUCAAAGCAAUAUCAGAAAAAUCAUCAGAAUUAUUAAAACUGAUGUACUCAGCAAAGCAAAAUACAUUUGCAUUACAAAUAUUCAUAUUACAAGAAUUCCAAAAGAAUUUAUUACAAUUGAAGAUAUUGGAAUUAGAAGGAAAAAUCGAUGAAAAAACAAUAAUACUCUUUGAUAGAGCAGUACCAGAUACAAUAAUAUUCGAGAUGAAUAAUAUCCAAGAUGUACAACAAAUGGAAAUACUAAGAAAAAUGAGAAAAGAUCUUAGUAAAAACCUGAUCAACCAAUAUGAUCAUGUAUUAUUCUUCAAACCAACAAUGAAAGAAAUGCUUAAACGAUUUAAUGAAAGAAAGCGAGAAUCUGACAAACAAAUAUCAGAAGAAUAUCUAGUCGAAAUAUAUGACAGAUAUGAAGAAAUGAUUGAAAUGAUAUAUCCAAAUUAUAUAGAAAUCAACAACAAUCACAAAAGAUUGAAUGACAUGCUUAGAACAAUAUUCAUCAAAAGAUCGAGAAUUGAAAAUGAAAAUCAAUUAUAUGAUAAAACAGCAUUAACAGAAUUAUCCAUAAUGCCGCCAGAAAUACCAAUAGAACAAGAACAAGGAUAUACUGUUGUAAUACUAUUUAUGAAAAGAAAUGAAACAUAUUACAUAUUAACCUCACAAAGGAUAAACACUACGAUAUACCAAAAUCAAUAUCAAACAUGUGAAGACAAAAAAGAAGAAUUCGAAGACUUUAGAACAUGUGCAAUCAGAGAAGCACAAGAAGAAAUCAAUUUGAAAUUGAUAAUAGAAAGGAUACAAUUAAUCCUAAAACAUACUUAUUAUUCGCACAAUAAGUCAGGGACAAAACCAACAACAAACAAAGAUUACCAAGAAGAUAGAAUUAAUCAAGCUAACUUGGUAGAAAUACCAACAUAUUUAUAUUGA